CUCGGAGCGCAGGCUGCGCCGUGCUCAACGUUAACCACUGGCAGUUCUCCAUCGCGCGAAUUCGGAACUGGAGCUUUGAGCGCUCGCUCAUGACACCCACCUACCACCGAAAAACUGCGAUUUGUCUCUAAGUUCAGCUUGCGAACCUCGUGAGCCUGGAACGUUCGCGGAAUCCGGAUCCAAACUUUGCAACUACGAUUCUUGAUUGUUGGGACCUUUGUCAAGUUUUACUUCAGCGCAUCUCUCGAUAUCAUGGACACAUGAGAGCGGAGUUAGCCAUUAACUAGAACAGGGCGUCGGGCGGCCACUGACCAGAUCCGUGCUAGGAGGAGGAGAUCCUUGCGCUGUCAUGAGGAAGCAUCCGCAUUCAUUCGAGGCGCUCGGGUGUCGCAUUUACGUGCACCCAAAUCUCAUGCCGCCAAUAUCAUGAGUGUUCAUUCGGUGCCAGAGGUCCCGACCGUCCACCGCGCUGCUCGGUCGGAUUCCUCCAAUGUCCUAAUCCGACAUGUUCUCCCUACUUAUGUCUAGGCGAUAAUCUGGAGCAUGAAUCACUCUGGAGCCCAUCAUGCACAGGAGGCUCUCUGUCCUGCUCUUCCCCCUCCUGUUCCUCGUCCCCCGCGCUCUGUCGAAACAGCCAUUCAACAAGGUCAUCCAUUACAUCGAUAAAGCGCAGGACCAGGCCUUCCACGAUGCACUGCUGAAGCAACUAGCCAGCUCGCGAAAGAACACAACUGUCACUCCGUCGACGACGCCUGAGCUGGCCGCGUCUAAUGUGGACCUGAGCAUGGGCAUCGUUGCGGCUGCUGCGACGAACGGCACCUUUGCGGACGGCUCGACGUCGACGUUCCAGAUCUACACGCAGAACAGUCUCCCGACGUCGCCAGCUCCUUCCAGUGCCUGUGCAGCUGCUCUGACCGCUUUCGUGCAGUGCAACUCGACGGUGCCAUUGAUGAGUAACUAUCCGUACUUGCUCAUCAACGACUUGGCGAGUGUUUGCACUUCGCAGUGCACCGCCUCGCUCGCAACGUACCGCGCGAAUGUCGUCUCGGCCUGCGGGAAUCUGGCCAUCUCGGGCUCGAACAACGUGACCUACCAUCCGACUUUGGCAGUAGACACCAUCGCCGGUCCGUAUACGGUGCAGUGUCUGCAGGAUCCGACCACGCAUCAGUUCUGCGAGCCCCUCGUCGCGGGAUUCAACACCACCGGCGGGCUCCUGUCCCUCCCGUCCAACCAGCUGUGCACGUUCUGCACGCUGAAGACUCUGAAUGCGACGCUUUCGAACCCCAUCACGUACUCUGUGCCGGUCGCCCAGCUGCUGUCGUCCGCUGUUGCCCAAUGCGGAAGCUCGUUCAACUCAUACAACGUCUCAGCGCCUGGCACAGGCAGCAUCACGACGCCGCCAUUUGGUGUCACCGCGUCGACCAACGUCGCCGCGGACUGCGCCGUCUCUGGCAAGAACGUCUCGGUCUCAACAGCCACGACGUGCUCCGCACUGGCCAAGUCGAACAGCGUGACCAUUUACUCCAUCUUGUCGGCCAAUCCGUUCCUCUCGGGAUCCACCGACUGCGCUGUGCCUUCUGGCAGCCAAGUGUGCGUCGUCAAGCCCUGCACGACGUACACGGUCGUGGCGAACGACACGUGCGACAGCAUCGUCGCCAAGUCGGCUCAGCUCACGGGUACGGGGAUCACCACGACCCAGUUGCAGUCUUUCAAUGCGGAUCUCGGCACAUACUGCCAGCUCAUCUCGGCGAAAGUCGGCCAAACCAUCUGUCUGACACCGAAUGGCGGCUUCCCGAAUGUGGGAGUGUCCACUGCCAAUCCCAAUAAUCCAUCGGCGACCCCGACUGCGGCCGCGUCGAUUCCCACGCCGACGGCGCCAGGGACGACGAACCAAUGCGGCAAAUACUAUCAGGUCGGGCAGGGGGAUAUCUGCAACACAGUCGUUCUUGCAAACAGCAUCUCGUUGCCAGACUUCGUGACGAUGAAUCCGGAAAUCGACGCCAACUGCACUAAUCUGUGGCUCAGCUACUACUACUGUGUGGCUCCCUUUCCUCCAUUUUCGACAGCCUCGGCUGUGCCUCCUGUGACCACCAAUUUCUCGAGCGCCAGCACGUUUGCGUACCCGAUUCCAACGGCGUCAUACACGCCGACGUUUGAAACUUUCGUGCUCACAGCUGCUGGUGUUCCGGCUCCGACCAAUGUGGCGAAUGGUACCAGGACCGUGGGCUGCGGGUUCUACUACGAUGUUCAGGCGGGUGACACCAUCACGACUAUCAGCAACACCACGGGCCUGAAUUCGACCGAGCUCCAAGCGUGGAACCCCGAGCUUGCGAAAAGCAGCCCCCAAUCGGGCACGGCGCUCUGUGUCGUCUAUCCCAAGGGGAACUACACGCUCGCUAUUGCCCCGACUCCAUCGAAUGUGGCCGCGAAUGUGACGACAAGCACGUGCGCGCAGUACUACACCAUCCAGAACGGCGACUCGUGCACCAGUGUUGAGUCCAAAUUCUUCAUCGACGACCCGACCUUCAAGUCGUUAAAUCCUGGGAUCAAUUCCCAGUGCACCAACAUCGUGCUGGGGCUCGCUUACUGCGUGUUUUCGAUUUACGCGCCGCAGGCUGCUACCGGGCCAACAGGCCCUCCUUCGAACGUUGCUCCUGGAACCAUCACGCAAGGAUGCACCAAUUACUACACCGUCGCCUCUGGCAACAGUUGUGCCACGAUUGAAAGCCAGUUCAAUCUGACACUCGCUACUUUCAUUACCUUGAACCCCGAGAUCAACCAGCAAUGCACGAAUCUGGCGCUCGGCGAGGCCUAUUGUGUCGCGUCAAGCAACAGCACCGUCCCACCUAAUGUCGCUCCGGGGACGAUCACCCAAGGAUGCACUCAAUACUACACCAUCGCUUCUGGGGAUGGAUGUGCCAGCGUGGAAUCUACCUUCCAUCUCACCUUUGCCCAGUUCCAGGCGAUGAAUCCUGAGCUCAACGCCCAGUGCACAAAUCUCGCGCUGGGAGAGGCGUAUUGUGUCGCCUCGAGCAACAGCACGAGCAGCGGGCCGCCUUCCAAUGUCGCUCCAGGCACAGUCACGGCUGGGUGCACGCAAUUCUACACGAUUGCAUCAGGAGACGGAUGUGCCAGCGUCGAAUCCAAGUUCAAUCUCACGUUCGCCAAGUUCCAGGCGAUGAACCCCGAGCUCAAUGCCCAGUGCACCAAUCUCGCCCUGGGGGAAGCGUAUUGCGUCGCGUCGAGCAACGGCACGAGCACCGGCCCGCCGUCGAACCUGGCCACUGGCUCGCUCGGCAACUGCACGUCCUACCACACAGUCGUCUCAGGCGACACCUGCACCGCGAUGGACUCGACCGCCAAAAUCGCCUUGGCGGACUUUUUGCGGUGGAACCCAGAGAUCAACACUGGGUGCACCAACAUCCAGCUGAACCAGGCGUACUGUGUGGGCGGUGGGGGGUCCGCGUGUGCGAAAGUGUACACCGUCAAAUCUGGGGAUUCGUGCUCUGCGAUCGUGGCUUCGCAAGGCGUGACGCAGGCGAGAUUGAAUGCGCUCAAUCCCCAGAUCAAUUCCGGUUGUUCGAACUUGGGUGUCGGGGAGAAUUUUAACAACGACAAGUCCUUCGAUCGACACUUGCACGCAACCAUCCGCAUCAUCACCUGUGUGAUCCGAGGUCUACAAAUCUUGACCACAACCUACGCGCAGCUCUCACACAGCGAGGAUAGGCGCAGAAGCGAGCAACCGGUGGCCAUGCAUCCCGCUAUGCGACGCAAGAUUCCGCCCGUCCUGCCCACCUCCAAGGCCGUGACAUACGGAUUGCAUCCAGCACGCAGGCUGCUCGAGUCUUCGCGUCCCACGCACCGCCAGUUCACAACCUUCCUCGCCUCGGGCACCCUGCGCCAGCGCUACGCGCGCCCAUCCCCGGUCCCCUUCCGCAACGUGCAUGUGCGCGCCAUCUCCUACUCGUCCAUCCCGCGAUUCGUGGCCCGUGCAUUUCGCGUGCCGAUAGCAGGUGUCACUGUCGGGGCUGGCGGUCUGGGGUAUGCGAACUACAAGUUUGAAGAAUUCAGGAAGACGUCUGCGGCGUGGGUCAUCCAGGCCCAGGACGCGGCGACAGAUAUCCUCGAUUCCGCUUCAGACGGACUCAAGACCGUCGGAGGAUUCGUGUCGAAGAUUGAGACCCCCGAUUUUGUGAAGGACUUGUUCGCGGCGCGGAAAGAGAGACGGAAGCAGCGGAAGGAGGAGAAAGAGAAUGAGGACUCCAAAGGUUCAAAAGAGCGGCCACCCACAGAUGAAGCAGCCGUUGCCGCUCUUGUCGCUGCAACCAUGUCCUCUCCUGAAGAACCGCGCAACAACUCUACCGAUUCCACUUUCGAUGGUCGUCAAAACGGGCUCAUGGGCCUCACCAAGAAACUGAUCGAAAUACGAACGAUGUUGCUCAGCAUCGAUCAAAGCGACUCGCUCAAGCUACCUAGCAUCGUUGUCAUUGGAAGUCAGAGCUCGGGCAAGAGCUCGGUUUUGGAGUCGAUCGUGGGCCAGGAAUUCCUCCCCAAAGGGAACAACAUGGUCACUCGCCGACCAAUAGAGCUGACACUCGUUCAUGUCAGCUCCCAAGACGGCUCUACUCCGAAGGAGUACGGGGAGUUCCCUGGGUUGGGAUUGGGGAAAAUAUCAGACUUCACUGUCAUCCAGAAGACUCUGACUGAUCUCAACCUCGCCGUCCCUGCUUCCGAGGCCGUCUCUGAAGAGCCUAUCGACCUCAGGAUAUACUCCCCGAACGUGCCAGACCUCACACUCAUCGACCUUCCUGGUUACGUCCAGCUGGCGUCGCUCGACCAGCCCGAGACGCUGCGGGAGAAGAUCUCUGCUCUUUGCGAGAAGUACAUCAAGGAGCCUAAUAUCAUCCUUGCCGUCUGCGCUGCCGAUGUCGAUCUGGCCAACUCGCCCGCGCUUCGCGCCAGCCGCAAGGUCGACCCACUCGGACUACGCACGUUGGGUGUCAUCACGAAGAUGGAUCUGGUGCCGCCCGAGCAGGGCGCGAGCAUUCUGGCGGGCAACCGCUAUCCUCUCCAUCUGGGCUAUGUUGGAGUUGUGCUCAAGGCUGGCAAGAAGAAGGCAAACACGACAGCGGUCGCGGUCCAGAACGAGUAUUUCCGCGUCAACAGCGACGUGUUCGGCAGCUCGAACUCCCUCAUGGUUGGCACCGACACUCUGCGACGGCGGCUGAUGGAGGUCCUCGAGUCGUCGAUGGCUUCGUCCUUGCACGGGAUCACCAAUGCGGUGCAGCUCGAGCUGGAAGAAGCGACAUACCAGUUCAAAGUGCAGUACAACGACCAGCGGAUCACGGCCGAGUCGUACGUCGCGGAAACGAUGGAUGCUCUGAAGCUGCGAUUCAAAGAGUACACCCAGCAGUUCCGCCGCCCCAUGAUUCGCGAAAAGCUCAAGAGCAUGCUGGACGACAAGGUGAUGGACGUUCUGGAGCAGUUGUACUGGCAGGAUAAACGCGCUGGAGAGCUGGGCACGCUGGGCUCUGAUCCUCGCCUCGCGCCCGAGGCGAUUGAGCCGUACUGGCGGCACAAGCUCGAAGCUGCCUCCUCCUUGCUGACCAAAUCCGGCAUCGGCCGGGACUCGACGCUGCUCGUCGCCGAUGGCUUGCGGGCUCUGAUCGACUCCAUCGCCAGCGGGGAGCCAUUCACGCAUCACCCCCGUGCCGCCGACCGGCUGAUCCAGUUCUCCCACGCCAUUCUGCGCGACCGUAUCGGUGUCGCGUCGGACCAGGUCGAAAACUGCAUCAAACCGUACAAAUACGAAGUGGAGGUCGAGCCCCGGGAAUGGGACAUUGGCCGGGAGCACGCCAUCGACCUGUUUGAGAAGGAGGUGAAUAUGUGUGAAUCCAAGUUGCGCGAGAUUCGGAAGCGCGUGGGCGGGAGCAGACGCCUGGGAAGCGUGGUCAGCUACGUCAAGGGAUUGGAGGAGAGGGAAAGAGACCGCCGCAAUAAACGCGCGGACGGUCAGGAGCCGGAUGAAGAGCCUGAAUCGUAUCGUUAUCCCCCGGCACAGAUUGUGGACGCCCGCCAUGCCAUCCUCUACACAGACCGUGUCUCCAUCCUCCGCUUACGACUUGCUGCUCUGCGCUCAAAGCGGUGCAAGGCGGGGCCCCAAAGCGAUGUCUUCUGCCCGGAAGCGUUCCUGAAUGUGGUCGCCGACAAACUGGCGUACACGAGUGCCAUGUUCAUCGGCAUCGAGCUGCUCGAUCAAUUCUUCUACCAGUUCCCACGUGAAAUCGACACCCGCUUGCUCUACGAUCUGGACCGGAAGGAGAUCGUCGACUUCGCUCGCGAGAACCCCACCGUCCGGAAGCAUCUUGAUCUGCAAGAGCGCAAGGACAAGCUUGAGGAGGUCAUGAAGCAGCUGAACGGUUUGUCGACCUUGCGCACGGAUGCUCAACCCGCUCCCCGUCGGCAGAGAGGAUUAUUUGGAGGCAUGUUUUAACCGGAUUGACCACUUAUCACGAUCUAUUCCCUCUCUGUAUGUACAUACGUCCUGUAAACUCGUAUAAUCCAAUAGAUCCCCCA